AUGGCCUCCUCCUCCUCCUUCUCCCCCGACGACCAGACCGACGCCGACUUCUUCGACAAGCUCGUCGACGACGAUGACCCCGCCCCGCCGCCCGCCACCGACUUGCCUCGGACCGUCUCCGCCACCAGCCUCGCCGACGACCCACCCGUCCCGGAGCCGGCGCCGGCGCCUCCCGAGGGGUCAGGCAAGGGUGGCGCCGGCGUCCACACCGCGGUCAAGCAGGUGCAGUGGGCCUCCUUCGGAGGUGGCGCGGACGACGGUCCUGAUCCGUUCGCUGAUCUCUCGGGAGGCGCCGGCGACGACGACGGCUUCCUCGGGAGCACGGCCGGGACCCAGACGGCAUCGGAUCACGCCUUCUUCGGCGGGAGCCAGAGCUUGGCCGCUGAGGUGACGGAUCAGGACUUCUUCGCUGGGACCAGCUCCUCCUCCGAUCAGCAGAAUGUCAAUGGUCAGUACGACCAGGGAGGCGGCACCAGCACUGCAGUGGAUUCAGCAGAUCCCAAGUCUUGGGAGGCCAUGUACCCUGGGUGGAAGUACGACGAGGCAUCACAGCAAUGGUGCUGGACAAUAGCACUCAGAAUGCAGCAGCAGCAGCAGCAGCAGCAGCAGCUCGAUGCAUCAUACCUGCACAAUUCAGCGCAUGCGGGGCUUGAGACAAUUGCCGAGGAGGGCACUACCGCAGCUGGUGCUGUCUCAAGUUGGGGGCAAGGGGCUGCCUCGGAGUACCCACCCAACAUGCUCUUCUAUGCAGAAUACCCUGGUUGGUACUUUGACACCAACACUCAGCAGUGGCACUCCCUUGAGUCGUACCAGCAGGCCGCCAUGCAGGCUGGAACAGCUAGCACGGGUCAGACUGUUGUUGCAAACGAUGGUGUUGUUGCGACUUCCUCCUCUCUGACAGGCUAUAAUGCCGGGCAAACUGAGGACCUUGCUGCGCACAAUCAGGUGACCCAACACAGCUCAUUUUCGAAUAGUUUCACUCAGCAGAACCAAUGGCAGACUACGGAUGCAUUUGGUAACAAUGUACGGCCUGAAAGUGCUACAGAUAACAGCCUGGCUAGUAGUUUCUAUGGUUUUGAACAGCACAGGAAUGAUGAGACUACCAGUUCCUCUACGAGCCAACAGGCUGGUUUUAACACAGCUGAAACUGUUACAGACCACUAUGGUGGACGCGAGGGCUUUGAAUCAUCAAGUAUUCAGAAUGGUUAUAGCUCCUCUGGCAGUCAACAAUCCAGUUACAAGGCAUUCGAACCUUCCACGGGUUAUCAGGCUGGUUACAAAGCGUUUCAACCUGCUGCAGGUCACCACACCAGUACCAACAUGUUUGAACAGUCCACAGAAGGUUACAAGGCGUUUGAACCUGCCAUGGAUAACCAGAGUGGCUACAAGGCAUUUGAACCUUCUAUGGGCCACCAUAGUGCUUCCCAGGGAUUCAUGCCUUCCACGGGCCACCAGACUGAUUUCAAGGGGUCCGGAGCUUCCACAGUUCACCAGGCAGGUUACAAAGAAUUUGAAACUUCUACAGGUUACAAUACAAGUUUCAAGGCAUUUGAACCCUCUUCUCAACAUGCUGGUUUCAUGGGUUCCCAACCUUCUUCAGGACACCAACCUAACUACAUGGGAUUUGACACUUCUGCAAACCACCAUGGUUAUGGUGAUGCCAAUGGUGUUGUGAGUACUCAAGGCUUUGUCCCAAUGCAAACCACAUACCAGGGCCAGAAACAAGCAAUUGCAAACUCGCAAGGGCACCUGUCAAAUAGCUAUUUGGGUACUGACAACUCCAUGAACUUUAAUCAGCAACAAUUUCUGGGUGCAAAUGCCUCAAACUUGCAAUUUGGUCACUCCCCACAUGAAGGCAGGUCAUCGGCUGGACGACCACCACAUGCCCUCGUUGCUUUUGGGUUUGGAGGGAAGCUCAUAGUUAUGAAAGAAACUAGCUCCAUGCCUGCAGGCUUUAACACUGGAAAUCAGGGUAACCCUAGUAGCACAGUGUCAGUUCUUAAUCUGUCGGAGGUGGUCAUUGAUAAAGUUGAUCCUUCAAGCAUCACUAACGGUAGUGCACUUAGCUAUUUCCAUGCUCUAUGCCGUCAACCUGUUCCUGGUCCUCUGGUUGGUGGAAGUGCUGCAUCAAAGGAUGUAAAUAAGUGGCUUGAUGAAAUGAUUGCAUGGUACGGGUCUUCCUCUAGUGAAUUCCAGAGAGGUGAUUCUCGCAAGUUGCUUAUUUCAUUGCUGAAGAUACUGUCUCAGCACUAUGGAAAACUCCGUUCACCUUUUGCGUCUGACCCAUCGCAAGAGGAGACAGAUGGUCCAGAAAUGGCAGUAACUAAGCUAUUUUCAUCGUGUAAGAGAAGCACUGUUCAUAUGGGAGAUUAUGGAUCCAUUAUUCCCUGCAUGAAAAAUAUUGCUUCAGAAAGUCAGAUGCAGGCUGUUGCACAAGAGGUCCAAAGUCUUCUAGUUUCUGGGAGAAGAAAAGAGGCCCUUCAGUGUGCCCAGGGAGGUCAACUUUGGGGACCUGCAAUCAUACUGGCAUUGCAGCUUGGUGAUCAGUUUUAUGUGGAUACAGUGAAGAAAAUGGCUCAUUUCCAUUUUGUAUCUGGGUCCCCUCUGCGAACGCUAUGCCUUCUCAUUGCUGGACAACCUGCAGAUGUUUUUAAUGUAGAGAACAAUGUCAACAGUGACUAUGGUACAUCCCAUCAACCUAUGGAGCCUGGUCCUAAUGGUAUGUUGGAUGAUUGGGAGGAUAAUUUGGCUAUUAUUACUGCAAACAGAACGAAAGGUGACGAUCUAGUAAUCACCCAUCUUGGUGAUUGCCUCUGGAAAGAAAAAAAUGAGGUUGCAGCUGCCCAUUCAUGCUAUUUAGUUGCUGAACUAAAUAUUGAUUCAUACUCGGAAAGUGCAAGGUUAUGCCUCAUUGGCGCAGACCACUUGAAGUGUCCUCGAACAUUUGCCAGCCCUGAAGCCAUUCAGAGGACAGAGGUUUAUGAAUACGCGAAGGUGCUUGGUAAUUCUCAGUAUAUUCUACUACCCUUUCAGCCGUAUAAGCUGAUAUAUGCAUACAUGCUUGUGGAAGUGGGGAAGGUUUCUGAUUCUUUGAGGUAUUGCCAAGCGUCUAUGAAGGUACUGAAAGCCUCUGGCCGUGCCCCUGAAUUGGAGGUGUGGAAACAAUUAUUUUCUUCACUGGAGGAGAGGAUACGCACUCACCAGCAGGGUGGAUAUGGCACAAAUCUUGCCCCAACAAAACUAGUUGGGAAGAUUUUCACCUCGCUUGAUAAAUCUAUAUCCCGCAUGAUGGGUACACCAUCUGCACCACUUCCACCAUUGCCACAUGGAUCUGUUAGUGGUAGAGAGAGCCACUCUAUGCCUGCAGCAGCAAAAUUUGUAAAUAGCCAAUCAGUAAUGGCCAUGUCAUCGUUAAUGCAAUCUGCUUCAAUGCAGUCAAUGACUGAGAUAGCAGAGAAUAGUGGUGGCACUGGCAGGACAAUUGCACACAACAGAAGUGUUUCUGAGCCGGACUUCGGUAGAACAUCAAAACAGGGUGCUGGAUCAGAUGGCACACAGAGCAGUGCAUCAGGAUCCGGCAGUUCUCGAUUUGGUUGGCUAGUGCAGAAGACUAUGGGUUUAGUGUCAAAAUCCCACUGCCAGGCAAAAUUAGGGGAUCAGAACAAAUUUUACUAUGAUGCAAAGUUGAAGCGGUGGGUGGAAGAAGGUGCUGCGGUUCCUGCCGAGGAGCCUCCUCUUCCUCCACCUCCAACAAAACCAUCUUUCCAGAAUGGUAUGCCAGACCAUAAGUUGAAUGGCCCCAUGAGCGUAAGCCAUGCUCCCAAUGGAGUCACAGAAUGGAAAUCCUCAAAUUCUUCGGAGCAAGGAGGUCUGGGUAUGCCGCCAAUUCCACCUAGCCAAAACCAGUUUUCUGCUCGUGGACGGAUGGGUGUCCGGUCCAGAUAUGUUGACACAUUCAAUAAAUCGGGUGUGUCUGGGGCAGUGCCAUCGUAUAACAAACCAGCUGCUCCAUCUGUGACACCGCCAGCUGGUGCCAAGUUCUUCAUGCCGACUGCAGCACCUGCUGCUGCAGAUCAGAUGAUGCCACACCAAACAGCAGAGAUACACAGUGAAACAAUCCAUCAGGAUGAGCGGUCAGCCUCACCACCAGCAGAAACAUCAUUUUCUUCAACCCCACCACCCACGCAAUUUUCAUCACCCCCACCACACACGCAAUUUUCAUCACCAAUGCAAUCAACAAUUCACCGGCAAUCUAGUAUGGACAACAUCUCCACCCCUUACCAGGGUUCUGGGGUAUCAUCAUUAAGCAACAACAGCUCAUUCUCGAAAUCACGAGCCGCAUCCUGGAGUGGGACAUACUCUGAUCAGUUUAGUGCUUUUGCGGGCACUAGAUCACCUGAUGUACAGACCAUGCCUUCACCACUCAUGCCUGGCAAACCAUCACACAGUCGUUCCAACAGCAACUCAUCAGUGCAGCUCAAUGGAUUGACAGAGGAUCUUCAUGAGAAACCCCGAGCUGGUGACAGAAAAGAAGCUGCCCUUCAAAUGCUGAUCGUGGGGAUGCCGCAUUUGGAAUGGACUUGUGCAACUUUGCACGACAUUCUGGGGCACGCUCUAAACCACGGAGCGGCGGCGGCGAAGGUCUCCAAAAAUCUCGACAGCAAGGCAGCGGCGGCGGACAAGGUGGCGAGGAAGACCAAGAUGGUGAUGGUGAGGAAAACCAUCGUCGACGACCUGCUGUUAAACCCCCUGGGCGACUCCCUGGCUUCUUCUGCCGCUGAGUUGGGGUGGGAUACUGAGGUCUUUGCCAAGGUGGAUGCGCUCUUUGAGAAGGAGCACGACUUCGACAUGAGCAUCAUUAGGCAGUGCCAGAAGGGGUAUAAGGUGGUGUAUUAUUUGGGGUUUGAGAUGGUGGAGGUGGAGGUGGAUGAUGACGACGACGACGAGUAA